GAAAAAAUGAAGGAGGGUGGGAAGUAUAAUCUCCUCCGACAAUGCAGAUGCAAGAGGGAGAAAUUUUAACCAUCAAUCUAAAUAUCAUCAUAAGCAGCGACCGUCGCUGAUAAGUACAUGACACCUAAGCGGCCAACCCUGCUCACCGAGACCACUUCCAGUCUCACCGUCGUCCAUCCCGAGCACUUCGGCCAUCCGCCGACCGUCUCGGUCUCGGGAUGCCUGUCCAUCCAACUGCCUUCGGUGUGCCGAUAUCUCACGCUAACUACGCACCACUUCUCGUCCCUUCCCGUUUGGAGCUCACCGGGCCUGUGGAUCUUCUGUUUAGCGUUGGCUGAUCUUCCCCACCAACGAAAAUUUUCAUCCAACCACAACCCCUCGUGCACGUCGAUGCUCAGGUCCAGCUUCAGCUGGAGCUCAUAUAGCCUGACUCGCACCACCCAGCCUAUCAGAGAUCUCCCUCUCUUACCAUGGAUUCGGUCGGAACUUGACCGGCCUGCAAUCGAUGACCUUUUCGGCUUCCGGUGAGGUUUCACUUUCCUCCGUUAGGUCGGGUUCGGCAUGCCGUAAUGCCGCAAGAGAGAGACGUUGCUUGCUGUCUACCCUCAAGCUCACGUUGUAAACCCAGAUAGAACAUCAGUAACAUCGUCAGGACGUAAUGAGAGCAUUAUAUGCACUCCCAGAGUAAAAUAUAACAACAACUAGAAGAAUAAUAAUGCAACCCGACCACACAAUCCCGGCACCCUCAGCCUACGUAGUAUCCCGAAAGCGAGAGACAAUAAGACAAAGAGCAUCAC